AUGCGCAGUGCGUAUGCUGAUAAAGUGCACGAGCUGGUGUCCAGGUGCCUGCAGGCCCGGGACCUGGCUUACUGUCCCUACAGCCGCUUCCCCGUCGGUGCCGCCAUCCUGACAGCAGAGGGCGCCAUAAUCACAGGCUGUAACGUGGAGAACGCCUCGUACGGCCUGACGGUCUGCGCCGAGAGGACGGCCGUCCAGAGGGCCGUGGCCGAGGGCCACCGGCGCUUCCUGGCCAUCGCCGCCACAGGGCGCGGCGCCCCCGCCCCCGACAUCAGGGACCGGUUUGUGGGGCCGUGCGGAGCCUGCCGACAGGUUCUCAUGGAGGUGCGAGUCCCAAGGUUCGGAUCAGACUGGACUGUGUACUUGACCAAACCGGAUGGAACCUACAAAGAGACCAGCCUGAGUGAACUGCUGCCUUUAGCCUUUUCCCCAGAACACCUGAAACUGAACUGA